UGAAAAUCUGCGGGGCUUACUUAAUCACAACACUGACCAAGAACUUAAUGGACAUAGAGCUUCUGUAUGCAUUCAAGGAUACACAAUGAACUGCCGAUCUUCUACAAUGCAUUUCGUCUUCAUUGGCUUUAUUAUGCAAUCUGCCCUCAUGAGAUCUGCAGACACUAUAAACUGCUCCCAGCCGACCGCAGAGUCUCUCCUACAAGCGCUCAGAGAGAGCGUCUUUGGCAAAACCGAAGUGCGGCCAGUUAUUAAUCCAAGGACACCUACAAAGAUCCAGUUGGGUUUCGUUUUGUAUGCGGUUUUAGAUGUGGAUGAAAAAGCCCAAAUCUUGGAUACAUUUAUCUGGCUGCGAUUUGACUGGACUAUUGAGGGUUUGAGCUGGGAUCCUGUUGAAUGUGGAACAGACCGGAUCACACUGCCAAGAAAAAAACUCUGGAGGCCUGACAUUGUCAUCAAUGAAUUCAUAAGUGACAACCAAGCCCCCAAAACAUAUUACCUUUAUCUUUACAACAAUGGCAAAGCAGAAGAUCAGCUGCCAGUCCAUGUGAUCAGCUCCUGCAACCUAGACAUCUACACCUUUCCUUUCGACAUUCAAAACUGCACGUACACAUUCAGCUCUUACAAGCAUACAAUUCGAGAUGUUCAGAUAUUAUUUUUAGAGCCAGUGGAGGCCACACUCAAAAAAUCUUUAAAGUACAUGGAGACUAAAGGAGAGUGGCAACUGACUGACAUGUCCGCCAGAAAAUCCGCCAACUCUUCAUACUUCAACAUGGAUGGAUUGGACAGAUGGGAUGAACUCGUUUACAAUAUCGUCCUGAAGCGCAGACCUACUCUGUAUGUGGUGAACCUGCUGAUCCCCAGCUACUGCCUGAUCACCGUAGAUCUGUGCAGCUUCCUCCUGCCUCCUCAGAAAAUGGAUCGCUCUGCUUUCAAAAUGACCUUGAUCUUAGGCUACACCGUCUUCCUCCUCCUCAUGAAUGACCUUCUUCCUGUUACAGGAGACACCAUACCUCUAAUAAGUCUGUUAUCGCUUUAUAUAAAGAGUGCGGGUCCAAAAGUCUGAGUCUGAAAAUAAAAUGCUUCUAUUUUGCAAGGAUUCUAAAUCAAAUCGGUUUUUAUUAGGAAUUACAUUUGAAAUGAUUGAGAUUAUUAAAUUGAUAUUUUAGGGACCUACGAAUAGUGUAAUCUAUUUUAAAUUCCAUG